GCGAUAACAAAGAGGUAUAAAUAAUACAACGAAACGGUCCAUCAAACCACAAGCCAGUACUCCAUUGAAGAUUAAUUUAUUUAAGAUAGUUAAUUUAACAAUUUAUUCCAAGAUGAAAUUCUUCGCUAUCGCUUUGUGUAUCGCUCUAUUCGCUGUAGCUCAAUGUCAGGAUAAUGGAAAUGGAGCUCCAUUAACCAAAGACGAUAUUUUGGAUUUAAUCAAGCUAAAUAACCCCGACAUCCAAUGCAUCAACUUGGAAUGCAGGUUUAAUUGCCAUCAGGAAGGAUUCAGGACGGGAUUUUGCACGACAGCAGGAGAUUGCAAUUGCGCAGGACCUCUAAUUGCAGCCUAAAAUGCACCUCUAGUAUAAUUUAUUUUCCAAUGUACCUCAUUAAUAAAUAAAUAAAUAAAAAGCCUAUACAGAAAUCGAA